AUGGAUGCUUCUGAAAAGGAUGAGGUACCAAUGCUAUCAGCUGCUUAUUUGCAUUCAGAUGAGCGCAAUGACUCUCAAAUCAGGGGUUUUACAUCCAGGAUGAGGAGUGCAUCAAUGUCCAGUGUUAUGAACUCUAUGGACUUCUCUGAUCAUGAGAACACUUUCUUAGGUUUCACUGGUCCACUGAAAAAUGAAAGACGGACUUCAAUUGGACAGCUGAGUGGUCCAUUGUACAUUAGUCAUAAACAUGAUGGCAUCUUUAGGCCUGCCCAAGCUGCAUUAAGGCAAAAACCCGCUGAAUCCAAAGUUGAAAGAUAUCCUUCAAUAGACGGGAUGGAUCGUAAAGAUAGAACAUAUGAGAACUAUGCAGGGAAAAAUGAACAUCUUUUGAGGUCUGGACAACUGGGAAUGUGCAAUGAUCCCUACUGCACGACAUGCCCUACUUAUUACAAUUUUAAGGCGCAACAGAAGAAUUCUAGAACCUCAGAUGUAUUCGAUGCUAAGUUCCACAAUAUGCUCUACGGAGAUGCAAAGGGUUGGGCAAAGAGAGUUUGUUCUAUUGUGCGUCCUUAUAUUCCAGGAGUCAUGAAUCCUCAUGCAAAAGUUGUUCAGCGGUGGAACAAGUUUUUCGCAAUCUCUUGCUUGUUUGCAGUAUUUUUAGACCCACUAUUCUUCUUUCUGCUGUCCGUCAAGCAGGAUAAGAAGUGCAUAAUGAUAAAUUUGCCCGUGACAACAACAAUUGUGGUUUUGAGGAGCAUAACAGAUUUUAUUUACUUAAUUCACAUCCUCCUUCAGUUCAGGUUGGCUUAUGUUGCUCCUGAAUCUAGAGUGGUGGGAGCUGGAGAUUUAGUUGAUGAUCCAAAAAAGAUUGCACUCAAUUAUCUUUUUGGAUACUUUAUCAUUGAUUUCUUUGUUGUACUGCCACUUCCACAGAGAGUUAAUCAAUGUUUUCGAGAUGCUUGUCAUGACUCCAACAUUAAAAGGUGUAUGGAAUUCAUUGACUGUGGGCAUGGAAACAGCUAUGAGAAGUUUGAAAAUGAUCCAACAUGGGAACAAUGGACAGGCAAUGUAAAUGCAACCGCCUGUUUUGGGGAAAAUGGUUUCCCCUAUGGCAUUUAUGAACAUGCUGUCAAUCUGACCACCAUGCAAAGUGUAGUGACAAGAUAUGUGUACUCGUUGUUUUGGGGGUUCCAGCAAAUUAGUACCCUGGCUGGGAAUCAAGUUCCAAGCUAUUUUGUGUGGGAAGUUCUUUUCACAAUGGGUAUCAUUGGAGUGGGGCUCCUUUUAUUUGCUCUGCUUAUUGGAAACAUGCAUAAUUUUCUCCAGGCUCUUGGCCGCAGGAGGUUAGAAAUGUCCCUAAGACGCCGUGACGUUGAGCAGUGGAUGAAACAUCGUCGCUUGCCUGAAGAACUAAGAAGGCAAGUGCGACAAGCAGAACGUUUUAAUUGGGCUGCCACCAGGGGGGUAAACGAAGAAAUGCUAUUGGAGAAUUUACCAGAAGACCUACAAAGAGAAAUACGGCGUCAUCUUUUUAAAUUUCUUGAGAAAGUCCGAAUUUUUCAAGUGCUGGAUGAACCUAUAAUAGAUGCCAUGUGUGAGAGGCUAAGACAAAAAACAUAUAUCAAAGGAAGUAAAAUCCUAUAUCAAGGUGGUCUUAUUGAUAAGAUGGUUUUUAUAAUCCGAGGAAAGAUGGAGAGCAUUGGGGAAGAUCUGAUCAUGGUUCCCUUAUCUGAAGGGGAUGUUUGUGGAGAAGAACUCCUCACAUGGUGCCUAGAGCAUUCUUCUGUGAAUAAAGAUGGCAGAAAAAUCAGGAUCCCUGGACACAGGUUAUUGAGCAAUAGGCUGGUAAGAUGCUUAACAAAUGUAGAAGCUUUUGUACUACGAGCUGCAGAUCUUGAAGAAGUCACCAGUCUUUUUGCAAGAUUCUUAAGAAGUCCGCGUGUUCGGGGAGCCAUAAGGUAUGAAUCACCUUACUGGCGAGGCCUUGCAGCAAGAAUAAUACAAGUUGCAUGGAGAUAUAGGAAGAAGCGACUAAAUCGUGCAGAAUCCCACAGCCCUCUGCUUAAUUGUUCAUUCAGAAAUUGA